CUACGUUCGUUGCUCUAUAUCUGUAUUGUCCGUAUUAAUUGUGCUCUCAGAUCACCGACAACUCGCCAAGAAAAUACUGAGUUCGCUUUCACUUUACCUUCUGCAAACAUGGGAGGGAGUAGUAGUAGCCCUGGGAGAAGAAUUAGUUUAGAACAAGAUGCUGACGGAGGAGUAGUUAAAGUCUCAGAAGAUGUACUAAGGCGCAUGUUUGGAGAAGAGGAUUCGACCAAAUCAACAGGUGAUUCAAGAAGUUCAGAUCCCCUACCCAGGCGGUCAGAGGCAAGAUGGAAAGCUCGUAUGGAUGAACUAGAAGAUCACUACAGAGAAAAGCUUAGGAAUGCAGAAGAAAAGAGUGCUGCCUUUUACAAGUUAACUGCUGAACAAUUUCAAAAAGCUGCAGAUGAAGUUGAAGCAAAGUUUAUGAAGCAACGGUUUGUUCCCAUUUGUGAAAAUCUUCAAAAUGAUGUCUUGAAAUGUUAUGCCCAAAACCCAAACCAGACAUUAAACUGUGCCCAAGAAGUCAAGGCAUUCAACACAUGCAUAGAACAGGCAAGAAUGAAUAUUUUACUGAAGAGAGGUGUGGGUGCUGCGUCAUAACAGAUGAUAUGAAGAUAGCCUGAAAGGAAUAUGUUUGCAUAUUAUAUCUUUAACUUGUACCUUGUAAAUAUUGUGGUGAAAUGAGAAAGAGACCAACACUAAAACCAUGGUCUCCUCAUUAGAGAGUGCAUUGUAUUAGAGUUACCCAUAUCAUUCUUUCAGUCAGAUCGUCUUGUCAUCAAAUUUUGUAUCGAUACCCAUUCUUAGAAUUUCUUACAAUUAUUGAAUUCUAGGAUGUUUUGGUUUCAUACUGCAAUCAGAUAUUCUAUAAAUUCAUGCAAAAUAUGGAGAUUUGGAAGAUAAAGGUUCCUCAUGGAAUGAAAUUGUAUCUUGUUCAUAAGCAGAGAAUGACAGGUUUUUGAGUCGUAAUGCAUUAUUGAGUUAAUAUGAUAAAUUCCUACCGAGAAAUAUUCAAUCAUUCAAGACAAAGGUGUUUUGACAAAGUAGUAUGAACAUGGCUUUUCAAUGACUUCAGAUGUACAAUACCCCAAUCUUGCAGAAAUAUUGCUAAUGCACUUCAGUGAACUUUGCAAAUCCCUUUUUCAUGCACGCAUCGAAGUUUCAAAAUUUUGCAGUAUUUCGACCGAGAUGCACAUGAAUGGAGGCAGCCAGAAUGUUGUAAUCUACACAACUUCUUUUGUCUACUCUGCAGAGGAAAUGAUUGUGUAAGCAUAAUAUGAUCAAACAUAUAAGUGAGCCUCUAAUGUGGUUUUGCAGAUGCAUUUAAUGAGCCCUACUUAUCACAAUGUUACUGAAUAUUGUAUUUUCUAGAGGGACCUAGUUGCAAAUUGCCACAAAACAAGCCUAGGAUUUGUAUUCUUACUAAAUUGAAUAAUAAUAAAAAAUAUGUACUUCAUACUUGUUACAUACAAGAACAUGAAUUUAUUUAGGGCUUCACUGCUUGUCCAUUCAUUACCAAGAGUGGAAUCACAUUCUAUGGAUAAGUGUAAUGUAAGACAUGCAGAGGAUCUUGUACUAAAUGGCUCUACAUAUCCUGUUACUUAGAAUAUUUGGAGUUCCAUUGUUACUUAGGAUAUUGUGAGUUAGAAGGUUGCGAGUUCGAUUCCAACUCUGCCAUUGUCUCCACUUUGAUAAAAAGGCCCAAGAGUGAUAUCGGUCGUCUAUUAUGUCAGCCACUAUGGCUGAUUAAUCUAGACGUAAAAUGUUUCCAAGGUAAUUGGUUAUAUGCCAGCUUGGCGUUUACCAGCAAAAAAUGCUGUCCUGCCGAGUUCCUACGGGAGUUACCACAACAGAAACAGAAUAUGGUCUCUGAGCAAUCUCAAUCAGAUAAGUAGAAAGUGGAAAUAUGAUCAGAAAAUAAAAUUUUAAUAUUAACGUUGAA